AUGACUAUCGAAAACGAGAGUAAGAUGGAGCUACCUCGUAUUGAGCAUGACAUCAGGCAUAUCACCAACUCCAUGUCUGACGAAGACUUCGAGAAAAUAUGGCAGAUGUGGCAAACGAUAUUCCCAAAAUGGCCGAUUGAACGACAGCGAAUGGAAAUCCUUCUACGUCAAGUUCCCGUUCCCGGUCAACAUUACAUCCACGAAAAAGGAUUCUGUCUAUCUUUUCUUGCCGAUGGAGCGCAAGGCAAAAUAGCUGCCGUUGGUGUGUUGCGAGAAUACCGAGGCAAAGGACUUGGUACUGCCUUCAUAAAAAAGGCACAAGAUGGAUUGAGAAUCGCGGCUCGUGCUAAUGGAGAAGGAGAAUUAAAAUCUUUGGAAAUUGGAUCUCAGACCCCUAGAUUCUGGCCGCAGGUACCGAUGGACUUCCCAUCAGAAGUGAAGGAUUUCUUUCUCCGUCGAGGGUUCCACAAGUCCACAAAACCAAUAAUUCGGGAUUUUUACAAAGAUAUCCGCGGCGAUGUUGCACCACCCAAAGUCUUAGAGAGAGUCUCCAAGAUGAACUUCAGGUUCUCUCCCUGGUCGCCAGAAUUAUACGAAGAAUGCAUAACCAAGCAACGAGCUACUUUUAGCUGGUUCAAAGGGUACGAAGUCUUGGCAGCCUACAAUCAACACCAUGAAGUAAUGGUAGCCUUCGAUCCUGACACCAACACGCAAAUCGGAUGGACACUGAUGUGUUCCCACUCUGCAAUUCUCACCAAUAUAUAUGCAUUUAUGCCAUUGAUGCCAUCGAAAGAGAAAACGGGUCUAAUUGCUGCCGUUGGUGUGGACGAGAGCGCAAGAGGAAAAGGGGUUGGGUUGGCACUGAUGGUAAAGGCGAUAGAGAACAUGCGGGAGAGGGGUAUUGAGGGCGUGUUCAUUGAUUCAGUUGUAAUUCAGGGCUUCUAUGAACGGCUGGGAUUCAAACCUUGUUGGGAGUAUGAAAGCUUUGUUUGGCCGUCGUAA